AUGUCUCAGCCCGUCGAGGGCACACCCGAGUAUGCCGCGUGGGCAUCCGAGGACAAAGGUCCAGCCAUCAUGGCUGUGGUUUGGACGGUGACCAUCAUUGGCAUGUUUUUCGCGGCAGUUCGAUUAUACGUACGAGCUGCUAUGCAGGGCCGAUUACAGAGUGACGACUACUUCAUUAUAAUAUCCGUCGUUAUGGGCGUGCUCUCAUGCUCCUUGACCACGUUGGCCAUCACGCACGGCUUCGGGCAACACUUUUCUACCCUCGCCCUCUACGACCAGCAACAAGCCAUCAUAUGGACCAUCGGGUCCUUCUGUCCCGGACUCAUCGCGUUCGGGUUCCCGAAGCUUGCCGUCGUGGCCCUGCUGACCAGGCUGCUGAUUCCUGGCAAGUGGCACUUGAGGUUCCUCUGGUCGCUCGGCAUCGUCUGUCAGCUGGUCCUGUUUGCGACGAUUGGCACUUUGAUCGGGCGGUGCUAUCCCGCUCGCUUUCUGUGGGACAAGUCGAUCGAGGGCACAUGUUUUUCCACCGAUAUUCAGAUGAAGUAUUCGUUAUUCGCAGGCGGUGAGUGCUCCAUGACCGGCAUGAGUCGUCUUUCAACUGACGGUUCCCAAGCUUUCUCGGCAUUCGUCGACCUAUACCUCGCUAUAUAUCCCUCCUUCGUUCUAUGGAGGCUCAGAAUCUCGAUACGUCAGAAACUCGCUCUGACCGCUGCUCUUGGGGUCGGAUUCAUCUCCGGCAUUGUGGCCAUCUACAAAACCACGCGGGUUCCUUCCCUCGGAGACCCGGAUUUUACCUAUGCGACUGCCGACCUUCAGAUGUGGACUGUGAUCGAGGGGAGCAGCAUCGUCAUCGCGUCUUCGGUCCCAGUGUUGCAGCCUCUGAUGGACCGGCUGUUUGGGCGGAAUAUCCUAGGGAGUACGAGAGGGCGAGCCCUCAAUACUCCCGACAAAGCGGCGUCGGCGGGCGAGUGGCGUAUGCGGUCCAGGAAGCGGAUACUUGACGACGAUCUCGAAAUAACGGCCCACACGUGGACCGGAAGCCAGGAGGACAUACUCACCCCGCAGAACAAGCUGCACUCGAUGAGCGGUCGCCAUUCGAGCCUGGGUGCUGACGGUAUGGGUAUGAGUCCACCUUAUGGGAUUACUAUGACGAGGGAGGUGACGGUUGGCUUCGAUCCAGCGCCAAUCCAGAGGAAGGAUAUCGGCAUCAAGAGUUGGGAUACGUCAGACGGACGGGAUAUCCCUUGA